AUGGGGCAGGCGCUGCUGGGUGCUGCGCUGCUGUUUGUGGGGGGCGCUCUCCUUUCCUCCGAGCACCCCUCGCUCCCCGGGAGGAACGGGCUCGGCCCCUCGCAGGGACAGGCCGCUGGUCCUGGGUGGGCCAGGGUGGCGCGCUGGCAGCAGUUGGACGAGGCCCAGAAGGAAGAGCCGGCAGCAAAGGGCAAUUGUGGAACAGCACCGCUUAGGGAUAUGUUGCAAGGGUCUCGGAUUGUAGGGGGCUCAGAUGCUCAAGAUGGUGCAUGGCCAUGGAUAGUUAGUCUACAGAUUCGAUAUGGCCGUUUUCUUGCUCAUAUAUGUGCAGGAAGCCUAGUGAAAGACAGGUGGGUUCUCACAGCUGCCCACUGCACUAGAGACGCUAGAGAUCCUUUACAGUGGAGAGCUGUGAUGGGAACCAAUAUAGUAAAUAUGAGUCAAGCAUACACCAAGAGGAUAAAAGUUAAAGCAAUCAGUAUUCAUCCAGACUUCAUUAUGGAAACUUACGAAAAUGAUAUUGCACUUUUUUAUUUAAAAAAACCUGUGAUGUUUAAUGACUAUAUACAGCCUAUUUGUCUACCUUUUGAUGUUUUCCAAAACCUGGACGAAAACACAAAGUGUUUUAUAAGUGGCUGGGGAAGAACAAAAGAAGAAGGUAAUGGUACAAAUACUUUACAGGAAGCAGAAGUACAUUAUAUUUCUCGAACAAUUUGUAAUUCUGAGUGGAGUUAUCGGGGAGUAAUUCCUAACACUUCAUUUUGUGCAGGUGAUGAAAAUGGAAGCUUUGAUACAUGCAGGGGUGACAGUGGUGGACCAUUAAUGUGCUACUUACCGGAACAUAAACAAUUUUUUGUGAUGGGAAUUACCAGUUAUGGACAUGGCUGUGGUCGAAAACAUUUUCCCGGUGUCUACAGUGGACCAUCCUUCUUCCAAAAGUGGCUAACAGAUCAUUUCUCCCAGGGAAGCACUAAAUGCAUAUUUGAUGUACAUAUUUUAAUUGGAGAGAUCCUCAUAGCUUUAGGUUCUAGCAUCUUACUAGCAACAAUAUAA